AUGAGUCCUCAGACUCCGUCUCCCCGGGCCCCGCGGGACACGGCGCUGGUCCUAGGCGGAUGCGGCUUCCUGGGAUGGCAUCUGGUCGCACGGCUGCUCGCCUGCCGAGAGUAUGACGGCGGCGUCUACGUGCUCGACCGCAACACGCGGGUCAACCUACACGACGGCGCGACCUACAUCCAAGGCGAUCUCACCCAAGAGAGUGCCCUGCGCGCCGUGCUCGACCAGGCUCGGCCGUCGGUCGUUUUUCACGCGGCCUCGCCCGUCGCGUCGCUGCCGGCCCGCAUGGUCGGCGAGUUCGUCAAGACCAACGUCGACGGAACCAAGGUCGUCAUCGAGCUGGCUACGGAAAGCGCCUCGGUCAAGGCCCUCGUGUACACGUCCACGGUGGACGUGUAUGCCAACCCUCCGCACGAGAACGUGUCGGAAGACGACGCGCUCUGGUCGCCGUCGGACAGGUCCAACGAGUAUAACCGCACAAAGGCCAUGGCCGACCACCUCGUGCGCGCGGCCAACGGGCCUCGGCUUCGCACCGCGUCCUUGCGCCUGGGCCACGCGUACGGCGAGAGGCAGUCGCAGGGGCUGGCGGAGAUGCUCGACUCCUGCGGCGGGACCAAGCCGCUGAUACAGAUUGGCAACGGGGCCAACAUGAUGGAGGUCGUGUCGGCCGAGAACUGCGCCCUGGGCCACGUCCUCGUGGCGAGGGCGUUGCUGGGGGAUGGCCGGGGGGACGGCCGGGUCGCCGGCGAGGCGUUCAACAUCUCCGACGGGGCCCCCGUGCCCUUCUGGCACCAUGUCAGGGUGGUGUGGCGGGCUUGCCGGGGGGACGAAGCUCUGAAUAGCGUCAUUGUCCUGCCUGCCUGGGUCAUGGUGGUGGCUGUCGCGGUCGUCGAGUGGGUGCUGUGGCUGUCGACGCUGGACACGGUGAAGCCCCCGACGGUGCUGCGAAGGACAGCGCUGGAAUACUGCAUCUACAAUCACACCUACACGAUUGGAAAGGCGAGGCAACGGCUGGGGUUUCGGCCCGUGGCGGACCACGAUGCCGUGCUCACACGGGCUGUGCGGCUCAUGCUUGCCGAGCGAGCCGAGUUGGCAAAGGCCGAGUCGGUCGAGUCGCUGCGGAAGAGGACCUGA